AUGGCUGGUACAUUAUCUCUAUGCCCAUACAUCAAAAUGCAGAGAAAAAUGCUUCUGCAUGUUGGCUGGUUUCGUCUUUAUGGGUUGAUCAUGUUCACUUUGGUCACAUCCCAGAUAAACCCCUCCACCACCACCAAUACCACCACCACCACCACGUACAUGAUCAGUAAAGGCGCCAACAUCACCAAACCCGGCUGCCAACGCCAAUGCGGCAACAUCACCGUCCCAUACCCAUUUGGGAUUGGCCUCGGAACCGGUUGUGCCAUUGACAGCUGGCUUGAGAUCAAUUGCAACACUUCUUUCAACCCUCCCAAGCCAUUUAUAGGUGGCCUUGAGGUUCGAGACAUAUCAGACUCCCAGGUUCGCAUUACCAACGUCGUGGCUAACAAGUGCUAUGACCGAUUGGGUGCGUUGACCCAUGAAAACAUAGCUUGGACCAAUUUAUUAGGCUCAAGCCCAUACAGCUUCUCCGACGCAAAUAAGUUCACAGUCAUCGGCUGCGACGAUUUGGCAUUGAUUACUGGCUCAGAGGGACGUAAUUUCACCAGUGGGUGUGUGUCUCUCUGUGCCAAAGCCGAGGACGUGCUUGGUGGCUAUUGUUCUGGCAUUGGUUGUUGCCAAACAUCCAUGCCUAAGGGUCUAAAGUACUACUUCACUUCUCUCCGUAGUUUGGAGAACCACACCACGGUCUGGUCCUUUGAUCCUUGCAGCUAUGCGUUUCUUGGGGAAGAGAAUGCCUUCACGUUUCGCGGUGCAUCGGAUUUCUUGGAUCCAGACUUCAUAAACAGGACUUUGGCUACUGUCCCGAUAGUGCUUGACUGGGUGAUCGGGAAUCUGAGUUGUGCACAAGCCAAAGCUGCAAAUGAUUAUGCUUGCCAAGGGAACAGUUAUUGUAAUGACUCGGAUAGUGGUUUUGGAGGUUAUCGUUGUAGCUGCAAUCAAGGUUAUGAGGGCAAUCCCUACCUCAGCCCAGGCUGCCAAGAUAUCAACGAGUGUGCAGAUCUGAACAACAAUGUGUGUGAAAAGAUUUGCAUAAACACUCCGGGGAGUUAUAAUUGUUCUUGUCCGCAUGGAUACUAUGGUGAUGGUAAAAAAAAUGGGCGUGGUUGCAUUGCUGAGACCUCACAAUUCCCAGUAAUCAAGUUCUCUCUAGGCAUGGGGUUUGGCUUUUUGUCAUUACUCAUUGGAGUUACUUGGCUAUAUGUUACUAUCGAGAAAAGGAAGCUUAUUAAACUGAGGGAGAAGUUCUUUCAGCAAAAUGGUGGUUUACUAUUGAAACAACAAAUUUCUUCAAAUGAGGGUGGUGUCGAGUCAACAAAAGUUUUUACAGCUGAAGAGCUAGAGAAAGCAACCAACAAAUAUGCUGAUGAUCGAAUUCUUGGCCGAGGAGGUUAUGGUAUGGUGUACAAAGGAAUUCUUAACGAUCAACGUAUAGUUGCAAUCAAGAAGUCUAGAAUAAUGGAUGAGAGCCAAAUAGAACAAUUCAUCAAUGA